AUGGCGUGGCAGGGGCUGAUGCUGGCCGCUUGCCUCCUCGUGCCCCACUCCGCUGCGGCGGACUGCCUGUCCUGGUGCUCCUUGUGUGCUGUGAAGACCCAGGAUGGGCCCAAACCCAUCAACCCCCUGGUUUGUUCCCUGGGAUGCCAGACCACCCUGCUGUCCUCUGAGGAGUGGGAGAGAUGCCAGGGCUUUCUGUCUUUUUUCACCCCCUCCACCCUCAGGCUCAAUGGCAAAGACAACUUGGAGAGCGAGGUGGCUUUGGAAGAAGAGCCUUAUAGUGAGCUGGCCAAGCAUGCUGGGUCCUUCCUGAAGGAGCUGGAAAAAAGCAAAUUCCUCCCCAGUGUCCCAACAAAGGAGAAUGCUCUGAGCAAGAGCCUGGAAGAGAAGCUUAGGGGUCUCACUGAUGGGUUUGGGGAGGGAGUAGAAUCUGACCUGGUGGGGGAUGCCCAGCUGAGUGAUGGCACCUUGGAGGCUGGUGCACUUGAUUUUGAUGAGGAAGACCCCAGGGAGCAGGUCAAACGCUAUGGGGGCUUUUUGCGCAAAUACCCCAAGAGGAGCUCAGAGGUAGCUGGGGAUGGGGACGGGGACAGGGUAGGCCAUGAGGACCUGUACAAACGCUAUGGGGGCUUCUUGCGGCGCAUCCGCCCCAAGCUCAAGUGGGACAACCAGAAGCGCUACGGUGGUUUUCUCCGGCGCCAGUUCAAGGUGGUGACUCGGUCUCAGGAAGACCCCAAUGCGUACUCUGAAGAGCUUUUUGAUGCAUAA